AUGUCGAAACGCAGAUGGGGAGCAGACACACCACUGGAUGAAGCCAUGGCCUACGAGGAACAGCUCCUUCGAACGCACAAGAGAAAAUGCCCUGAUCAUCUCACAGAUCUUCCACCACAAAACUACCGCUAUGUGGAUGCGAAAGGGGAUACCGCGUUCGACACUUCCCGCUUCAGGACCCAAAAUACACGGGAAGCGAUCCAUCCCAAAGUUAUUGAGAAGCGAAGAAGACGUAGAGCAGACUCGGCUUACGAGCAAUAUUACCAGCAUAUGCCGAAGGAUCAUAACAUUCCCCUUGCAGGCAAACCAUCCGCCAAGCUGGCUCUGAUUGAGGCCGAGGAGGCUCUCUCAGUGAGAAAUGACUCGGGCAAGAGGGCUUCUACUGAAAAUGAUGCCUCCUCAGCACUGCUCUCGCCUCCGCUCUCAGCCAUCAGUCCAGGGGUUAUUAAACUGCCUUCCCCUGAGUACCCGUCCAAGGGCGAAAGGGAAGGAUCAUUUCCUCCAACGCCUGAAAAGCUGGUGCCUCUCCCACACCCUCACCCGUUUGACGAGGUCGUCAAGGAGUAUAUGGAUUGGGAGAUCCCACAUCGCCCAGAAGACUCGGCCGAGAAGGACCUGCUCGAGGAGACCAUGGCUGGGUUACGAGAGUACUUCAAUCGAGCUCUCGGACGCAUUUUGCUAUACAAGUUCGAGCGAACGCAAUUCAUGGAGAUUUCGGAACAGUGGGAAUCUCCCAAAAAUGAAGGACACAAGUGCCCGGCUGAUACAUACGGUGGAGAGCACCUCCUUCGCUUACUAGUGAGCCUUCCUGAGCUUGUUGCUCAGACAAACAUGGACCAGCAGUCAGUCAACCGACUUCGCGAGGAGAUUACCAAGUUCACCAACUGGUUGGGGAAGAACUACACAAAGUACUUUGUCAGCGAAUAUGAGACGCCCGGCCCCGACUAUAUUGAGAAGUCACGGAGCGCCUGA